AUGGACUAUGACGACAGUGAAGAAGAAAGAUCUCUGCCCUCCAACGCCGAUCCUACAGACGCAGUUGACGUUCUUAAGACGGAAUUGGACAACGACGAGGACACGCAAGACAGCACAAGUGCUUUCCGGAGCGAGGAGAACAGACCUGUGCCCAGUCUGACAUCUCCCGGCCGGAUACGCAAGCGAAGUAACGAAGAAAUCUACAAAAAAUCACAACUACCUGUGUUCAGCACUACCCCUCAAAAGACUCCUCCCAAGGCUGUAGCUUUCCAAUAUCGUGCUGCUUCGGAGCCACAGACAUCGAAGAGCUUGUUCGGACAGUCAUUCGAGAAGACGGGCUUCAGCAAACUGCGCAACGUUAUGACCGCCUCCUCCCCGCCACCCUCGACAGGUCUGACAAUCAUUGACGAGGGCACGUCACAGGUCUCGAUGCAUGAUGUAGGAAGCGCUCACAAGUCGUUCAUUGAUGAAAUAGAAGCCUUCGAAAAGGAGCUGAAGGACGAGUUCGAUACGUUCGAGAGAUCGCUGGACAGCCGCGAUCCCAGUGCUGACCUGGGUAAACUCGACUGGGAUGAACUCGAGGAACGUUUCGCCAGAGAGAUCGACCCCAUCAUCAAAGAAGAAGACAAAGUCAGAGCCGAGCUUGGUGCGAGGUUACAGCAAUUUCUUCUAUGGAUGCAAGUGUCGGGAGAACAGGAAGGCGAGCGUGCCAUCAAAAGGCUACGGACACGCACAGCCUUUGUACAGCACUCGGAAACGAAACUGGACGAGAAGCAAGAGCACUAUAGAAAGGUGGUCGAGGCUUUCGAAAAGGCCAUGCAGCUUCUGAGCGCUUGA